AUGACUGAGCAUUUCAGCAACCCCCUGCGUUCGCGGAAGACACCGUGUGGACAUGAGCUACACCCUGCCAUAAUGAAGAACUACAGCUCACUCUAUGGUCGCCAAUGCUCCUGCUGCCGUAUGAACAACGCAAUGUUCGACGUGCGAAGGUCGCAGGACUUGAUCCUGGGUAACGGCGGAGUCCACACGUGGCGCGACAAGUGCAGAGACGACAAGACGAUGAAGAUGUGGGAGCGAACAGUCCGGGGAGCAAAUCGACGUAUAGGGCGCGAGCCCAUUGUCAACAUCCACGGAGAAGAUGGUAGCUACCGCGCCUCGAAGACGCGCUUACUCAACCUCGCCCUUAAGCUUGAGGAGCUGUCAGCCCUAGAGCGAGCAUGGGAAAUGGAGCAACCCCCAGAAACCAGCUCGCCCGCCAACAGCCCAAAGAUGAGGCGCAUGCAGUUCAGCGCGACAAACGCAAUGGCACUCUACAACGGCGCCGUCGAGACAGGCAUUUUCACAAAGUUAGAAGAAGACUGCAAAAUCUACAUGCGCAAGCGCGGACGCGACUACCAGGCCUCCGCAUCCCCAGAAUUCCCAGACAGCGACUCCGACGACGAAGACUUCAAACACAAAUUCUUCAACGCCAACGCUGCUCAGCAGACCUUCAUCGACACCUCCUUCCCGCAACUCGCGGACCAAGACACUUCCCCACCGAAGCGCAAGCGCCGCCGCAUCGACGCCUCGCUCGCAUUUAACGAGGAGGUAUACAUCCGCUCCGAAAACGACGUCGACGCCCUGCGCUCCUCCACUCUCGGCCUGUACGUAGACGUCGUUGAGAAAGAUUCUCCGGCCCCUUCACCGCCGGCAUCUAUCCUCCGGACCACGCCGUUGAAGAUUGAUCCUAGACCUCGCCGCGCGUACCGCAAGCGUGGCUUGAACAAACACGACGGCGCUUUGAGGUAUACUGUGCGUUGGGACAGGCGGACGAAGUGGUAUCAACGGGGCGCUUGGGCAGUGGGAGAGGAGAGCGAUGUUGUGAAUACGAGUGGAAAUGGAUAUAGUGAUUGGCAGUGGGAGCAGUAUUGUGAGGCGCUGCAGGAUGAGGCUGAGGAGAUGGAUUUGGAGAUGGAGAUGGAGUCAGGGGUGGAGAAGAAAGAGAUCGCACAUGAGGAGGUUGAGGCGGGGCAGGAGGAGCUUGGAGAUGAAGGAGUGGAGGUCGAGAAAGAAGAGCCUAACGCUGUUGAAUGGAGCAUUCAGCUUCCGAUCGAGACGGUGAAAGUCAAGGGGUUAGCUAAGGCUAUCAUUGCUUUCACGCAUGCGAGAAUGUGGCGGUGA